CGCUGGUUUCUCUUGCAGAUGUUGCUGCAAGUGGGGGCAGAGGGAGCGAUGUGAUUGCCUGGGAUCUUGGGGCGUCUCUCUCUUCACCUCGCAGUUCCUGCUCCAGUGCUGCUGUUGCUAAAGACUUUUUGUAACUGUCGACUCAAGUGCGGUUUCGAUGGAAAAUGAAGGUUGCACGUCUUCAACAAAUCCCUGAUGGUGACAAUGAGACAAUGAUUCCUGUACUGUCUUCAAAAAAAGCAAGUGAAUUGCCAGUUGAUGAAGUUGCAAGCAUUCUGCAAGCUAAUCUUCAGAAUGGCUUAAAAAACUGUGAAGUUUGUCAUAGACGGGCAUUCCAUGGAUGGAAUGAAUUUGAUAUUAGUGAAGAUGAACCACUGUGGAAAAAAUAUAUUUCCCAGUUUAAAAAUCCCCUUAUUAUGCUUCUCCUGGCAUCUGCGGUCAUCAGUGUUGUAAUGCAUCAGUUUGAUGAUGCUGUCAGUAUCACUGUGGCAAUACUCAUUGUUGUUACGGUUGCCUUUGUUCAGGAGUACAGAUCAGAAAAAUCUCUUGAAGAGCUUAGUAAACUUGUGCCUCCAGAAUGCCAUUGUGUACGAGAAGGUAGGGUGGAACAUACACUUGCAAGAGAUUUAGUCCCAGGUGAUACAGUCUGCCUGUCAGUUGGAGACAGAGUCCCGGCUGAUCUACGAUUAUUUGAGGCUGUGGAUCUUUCUGUUGAUGAAUCUAGUCUCACAGGUGAGACAGCUCCUUGCUCUAAAUCUACAGCUCCUCAGCCCGCAGCAACCAACGGUGACCUUACUUCAAGGAGCAAUAUUGCUUUCAUGGGAACGCUGGUCAGAUGUGGAAAAGCAAAGGGGAUAGUUAUUGGAACGGGAGAGAACUCUGAAUUUGGGGAGGUUUUCAAAAUGAUGCAAGCAGAGGAGGCUCCAAAGACACCUCUGCAGAAGAGCAUGGAUCUCUUGGGAAAACAGCUAUCCUUGUAUUCCUUUGGUAUAAUAGGGAUUAUCAUGGUGGUUGGCUGGUUGCAAGGAAAGCAUAUUCUUGAUAUGUUCACAAUUGGUGUGAGUUUGGCUGUAGCUGCAAUCCCUGAAGGACUACCGAUUGUGGUAACAGUGACACUGGCCCUUGGUGUAAUGAGAAUGGUCAAGAAAAGGGCUAUUGUAAAAAAACUGCCCAUUGUCGAAACUUUAGGUUGUUGCAAUGUAAUUUGUUCCGAUAAAACUGGAACUCUCACAAAGAACGAAAUGACUGUAACUCACAUUUUUACUUCGGAUGGGCAGCAUGCUGAGGUUACUGGAGUAGGGUAUAACAGGUUUGGAGAAGUGAUACUUGAUGGUGAUGUUAUCCAUGGUUAUAACAACCCAUCCAUUAGCAAAAUCGUUGAGGCUGGUUGUGUCUGCAAUGAUGCUCUGAUUAGAAACAACACCUUAAUGGGGAAGCCAACAGAAGGGGCUUUAAUUGCACUUGCUAUGAAGAUGGGUUUGGAUGGACUCCAGGAGGACUACAUAAGGAAGGCUGAAUAUCCCUUCAGCUCAGAGCAAAAAUGGAUGGCUGUUAAAUGUGUCCACAGAACGCAGCAGGACAAACCAGAAGUUUGCUUUAUGAAAGGUGCUUAUGAACAAGUCAUUAAGUACUGUACAUCAUAUAACUGUAAGGGGCAGGCCCUCCCUCUUGUUCAGCAACAGAGAGAGCAAUACCAGCAAGAGAAGACAUCUAUGGGUUGUGCAGGACUUAGGGUUCUAGCUUUAGCUUCCGGUCCUGAGUUAGGACAACUGACUUUUCUGGGGCUUGUGGGAAUAAUUGAUCCUCCGCGGAGUGGUGUAAAAGAAGCCGUUACUACACUUAUCACAUCAGGAGUUGCAAUAAAAAUGAUCACUGGAGAUUCACAGGAGACUGCAGUUGCCAUUGCUAGUCGCCUAGGAUUGUAUUCUAAAAACUCACAGGCAUUAUCUGGAGAGGAAAUAGAUGGUUUGGAUAUUCAGCAGCUUUCUCAAAUUACACCAAAGGUUGCAGUAUUUUACAGAGCCAGUCCCCGACAUAAAUUGAAAAUUAUAAAGUCACUGCAGAACAACGGUGCAGUAGUAGCUAUGACAGGAGAUGGAGUGAAUGAUGCUGUUGCUCUGAAGGCUGCAGAUAUUGGUGUGGCAAUGGGGCAGACUGGAACUGAUGUUUGUAAAGAGGCAGCAGAUAUGAUCCUUGUGGAUGAUGAUUUUCAGACAAUAAUGUCUGCAAUUGAAGAGGGUAAAGGAAUUUAUAAUAACAUAAAAAAUUUUGUUAGAUUUCAACUGAGCACGAGUAUAGCAGCAUUGACUUUAAUCUCACUGGCCACGUUAAUGAAUUUUCCCAAUCCUCUCAAUGCCAUGCAGAUCUUAUGGAUCAACAUCAUUAUGGAUGGACCUCCAGCUCAAAGUCUUGGGGUGGAACCUGUGGAUAAAGAUGUUAUUCAGAAGCCUCCGAGAAAUUUGAAGGACAGCAUUCUGACCAAAAACCUGAUUGUUAAAAUACUGGUUUCAUCGAUAAUUAUUGUGUGUGGAACAUUGUUUGUCUUCUGGAGAGAGUUAAGAGACAAUGUAAUAACGCCUCGAGAUACAACUAUGACUUUCACCUGUUUUGUAUUUUUUGAUAUGUUCAAUGCUUUGAGUUCUAGAUCUCAGGCAAAAUCUGUGUUCGAGAUUGGACUUUGCAGUAAUAAAAUGUUCUGCUAUGCGGUCCUUGGAUCUAUAAUGGGACAGUUACUGGUCAUUUACUUUCCUCCACUUCAGAAGGUUUUCCAAACAGAGAGCCUGAGUGUCCUAGAUUUAUUGUUUCUUCUGGGACUCACUUCCUCUGUGUGCAUAGUGACUGAGAUCAUAAAGAAGUUUGAAAGAAGCAAGGAAAAGAUCCAAAAACGUGGAAGUUCUUCUUCAUCCACUUCAUCUUUUCUUGAUGUAUGAUGCAUAUUGCAUUCUUUUGUUUGCAAACUUAGGGAUUGCUGUCUGAAGAUGUAGGAGAAAGCAAAACAAUAUUUGGAGGAUAAAGAAAUCCUGAGGGCUUUUGACAAGUCCUUUUUUUUUCCACUGGCUAAUGAUGAACGUUCAUGUUUCAAGACUGAGAAUUUAACUUCCAGCUGUGGGAGUAACAAAUGAAAUUAUGCAACUUUGGUAACAUUUUUCCUCAAACGUAAAUUUACUUUUGAAAUUGAACGGAAUUUUGUGUGUGGGAGUUUAAUUUAAAGAAAGAAGGGUUUAUGCCCUAGUCCCAUUUUCUGCACUUAAGAUAUAUAACUGUGUAAAAUCCUUCUCUUAGAUAUAAAUAUUUUAGUUUGUUUUUAUUUAAAACAUUGUACUAUUUUACUUUUAUGGUGGUGGGAUUUUGCUACUAAUACAAGGAUAAAAAUUAUUUCAGAGGCAUUCCACUGGGUUUAGUCUUGUUACAAGAGUGCCAUAUUCCAGCUACUGUAUUUAUUUACUUUAUCCUGCAAUGUGUAAGCGGCUCAAGUACCUUGUGCUACUUUUUUUUGUCUUUUGUAUCCUGAGUUUUUUGCACAGGAUGUGACCGCUGUCAGAUCACUGUUUUUCUUUUCUUUCUUUCUGUGAUUGAAAAGCCUAUACUGCAAUUUGAAGUAAAUGUUUGCUUUUCUUAAAUCAGUGUGGUGGUAUCUCAGUGUUUUAAAAGAAACUGGCAUUUACACCAUUGUCAUGCUUGUUUUGACGUUGUUUCAGAUACCAGCUUUAUUUCAUGUCUGUUACAUGUUUACUUUAGCUUACAAAUGCUAGAUCACUUGAGCAGUAAUAAGCCAGACUUAUUGAAGUAUUUUGUAGUAUAUGAAUUAAAAAAUGAAUGCACUAAUUCUCACUCAAAUGGCACAAAGUCCCAUUCCUCUUUGAGCAGCUUACAUUUCUUUUUGCCUCUCCUGUUCUUUCUUUCUUCCCCAUCACAAAACAGUGUAUUGUUACAGUGUAACUUACAGAAUGACCUUUUGGGGCUAAAAACAUUAUAGCGGAGUCUUGUCUUGAUAUGAUAAAAAUAAUUUUAAUAUAUGAAUAAUGUCUGACUACUCUGGUAUUCACUAAUGAGAAACAAUGUCUUCCUCAGCACAGACUUGCAGCUAUUGCAGAAUAUUUGAGAGCUGAUUAAUAAAUUGUCUAGUAUUCUUCAGAUACCAGUAGAGACUGAUAGUGAAAACUGACAAUACAUCCUGAAGAAUCUUUGAACCAACUUGACUUUUGGCGAAGCGUAGCAGCUAUACCUUUCACAUGAGAAUAUCAGCAAGAGAUUAAGUCUUACCUGUGGGAUUUGAUUAGUUUGUGCUCUGCAGGUGUCUUGGAGCCCUGGAAAUCCAGACAUAGGAGUACCAGAAUGUUUUGUUAGCUUUCAAGUGUUAUUCCCUAGUCUUUAAAGAAAACUUAUGACAUACCACUUCCUUAUAGCACAAGGCUCAGUUUCUGAAUGAGGUAUGUCAGUCUAGAGAAGAAAAAAUUUCAGUCCCUUAACAAUUAAUGCUGCCUUCUUGAAGAGUGAAUUUAAUUGAUUGGAAUUCGCUUUAAAUACAUCAAACUUUGCUAUGUUUUCCAGUGGAAGAUGA